AUGGAAAAAAUUUAUUUAAAAGUAUUUGAGCUAUCAGAUUUAAAUGAUAAUGAUCAUUCUAUAUAUUAUGUAAAAGUAUAUUGGAAGAAUAAAAAAUAUAAAAGUGCUAAACUGCGUGACUUUACUUAUAAAAUUAAUGAGGAGUUUACAUUUCCAUUGGAAAAAUCAGAAGAUAAUAAAGAAAUACUUUUUAUUGAAGUAUGGAUAAAUGGAAUAGUAAAUAGAAAAGUAGCUUACACAUUUUUUCCCCUUCAAUUUAUUAGAAAAGAAAGAACAGUUAAACAAAAAAUAAAUUUAAUAGAUGUUUUAAAAAAAUGCAGCUUAAAGUUAUCUGUUUUUAUAAUUAAAAGUGAAGGUGAUAUCAUAUUUUAUAAUUUAAAAGAAAGAUUUCCUAAUAAAUCAGAUAAGGAAAUAAAAGAUGCCAUCUUAAAAAACUUUAAUGAGGAGAAUGCUAUGAUAGACCUUCAGAAAGAAGUUUUUGUUAAUAAUAAUUCCUCAUUUCAAAAUAAUAUUCCAUUUGCAGAAAAUGAAUAUAGAUUGACAAAUACAACAUAUAAUAUGGUUCCUCAUGUAAACGUUAUAAAUCCUCCAUUAGGCAUGGCUAAUGAUCAUUAUUAUAGUAAUGCAAACAAUAGUAGUAUUUACAAUCCUAUGACUAAUCAAAUAAUGUAUCCAUUAAAUCAUUUAAGUAAUAUAAAUAAUCUUACUAAUGCAAAUAAUUUAGAUAAUAAUAACAACAAUUACAGAGAUGCAUUCUUGCCUCAGACAAUGUAUUAUGAAGAUAAUUCAGUAUCAUCUCCUUAUUCAGAAAAAUUUCUUUAUUUUUCUCCACAAAACAAAAAAAAGGCUUUACUGAUAGGAAUAAAUUACUAUGGUUCUAAUUAUGAAUUAAGAGGAUGUGUAAAUGAUACAUUGCGAAUGAAAAAUUUACUUAUAUCAAAAUAUGAUUUUCAUGAUUCAUCAAUGACUAUGAUAAGAUUAAUUGAUAAUGAAAGUAACCCAAAUUAUAGGCCUACAAGAAAGAACAUUUUGUCAGCUUUAACAUGGCUAACUACAGAUAACAAACCAGGAGAUAUAUAUUUUUUUUUAUAUUCUGGACAUGGAUCACAACAAGAAGAUCAUAUGCACAUAGAAGAAGAUGGAUAUAAUGAAACUAUACUUCCAUGCGACUUUAAAACUGAAGGAGAAAUUACUGAUAAUGAUUUACAUAGGUAUUUAAUUCAACCUUUAAACAAUGGAGUGAAAUUAAUAUCUGUUGUUGAUUGUUGUAGCUCAGGAACUUGUUUAGAUUUAGCUUACAAGUAUAAAUUAAAGUCAAAAAAAUGGAAGGAAGAAAAAAAUCCUUUUCAUGUUGUUUGUGAUGUUAGUCAAUUUAGUGGAUGCAAAGAUGGAAAAUAUGCAAAUGAAAUUGAUAAUAAAAGUAAUGCACCUGGGGGUUCAUUAGUUACAGCAAUGAUACAUGUUUUAAGUACAAGUCAAAAUUAUUUAACAUAUGAAUAUUUGCUACAGAAUAUAAAUUAUUAUAUUAAAGCGUAUCAUAAUCAAAAAAUAUAUUUUAUGAGUUCUCAAAAAUUUAGUUUAGAUAGAAUAUUUGAUUUUGAGCAUAUUCUCAAAAAUAAAAAUAAAAAAUUAGGACUUAUAAUCAAUGAACAUAUUAAAACAAAGAGGGAGAAAAAAAAAAAAAAGUAUUUUGCCAUAUAG